AUGGUCAUCCAGCUAAGUCAGCCAGUCCUCGGCCCACAGCCAGUCCUCGGCCCACAGCUAAGCCAGCCACUCCUCGGCCCACAGCCAAGCCAGCCAGUUCUCGGCCCACAGCCAGUCCUCGGCCCACAGCCAGUCCUCGGCCGACAGCCAGGCCAGCCAGUCCUCGGCCCCACAGCCAGUCCCCGGCCCACAGCCAGUUCCUCGGCCCACAGCCAGUCCUCGGCCGACAGCCAGGCCAGCCAGUCCUCGGCCGACAGCCAGGCCAGCCAGUCCUCGGCCCACAGCCAGGCCAGCCAGUCCUCGGCCCACAGCCAGUCCUCGGCCCACAGCCAGUUCUCGGCUGACAGCCAGGCCAGCCAGUCCUCGGCCCACAGCCAGGCCUCGGCCCACAGCCAGGCCAGCCAGUCCUCGGCCCACAGCCAGUCCUCGGCCCACAGCCAGUCCUCGGCCGACAGCCAGGCCAGCCAGUCCUCGGCCCACAGCCAGGCCUCGGCCGACAGCCAGGCCAGCCAGUCCUCGGCCCACAGCCAGUCCUCGGCCCACAGCCAGGCCAGCCAGUCCUCGGCCCACAGCCAGGCCUCGGCCGACAGCCAGGCCAGCCAGUCCUCGGCCCACAGCCAGGCCAGCCAGUCCUCGGCCAACACCCACAGUGUUGAAGGCAUCACCAGGAACAAAAACAUUAAUGCUUCACUAUUAG